AUGCCCGACUUGCCUACUUCCGACCCCGAGAAGGACAGGGAGAUGUUCCAGUUCGUGCUGGAGACCCCCCAUCUACAGGCCGACCAUUGGAAGAUCUACCCUUGUGAGGUCACGCCUUUCAGCACCAUCGAGAGGUGGUAUAGUGAAGGCAGCUAUAUACCCUACACUGAGAAAAACCCGAAGUUGCUCGUGGACUUAUUGGUGUGGACUAAGGCUCGAGUGCAUCCCUGGAUACGGCUUAAUCGAGUGAUCCGGGAUAUUCCGGAGGUCUCCAUCAUCGCUGGCAACCAGAACACCAACCUUCGACAGAUGAUUUUCAAGGACCUCGCCAAGCAGGGAAAGUACUGCAGAUGCAUACGAUGCCGGGAAGUGAGGGAUUGGCCUGAAGACGAUUCCCUCCUACGACUCGUUAAGCGAUGGUAA